GACUAUUUCAACAUAGAGGAGCGCUGGGUAGUCCGUCUGAACGAGGCCAUGAAGAAGCGGCAGGACACGAAAGCCCAGGACAUCGAGAAGCUUUAUGAGGUCUUAGAGAAGGCUCGGAGUCCGACCGGGCUGUUGACCGUGCAGAUUGGCAAGAUGGAGUGUGGGCAGUUUGUUGGCAAGAUCAAGCCAGACAAGGACGUGGAGCGGAUGGCAAGAAAGUUCAAGCUUGACGACCACGUGACCUCGCGUGUAACGGAGCUCAAGGUGUGGAGAAAGCGCAAUGGCGAGGAAGAUCGCGCCAUGAAGGACUUGGAGCGGAUAGAGUACCACUUGCGCUUCGCCAAGAGGCCCAAUGCGCUGUGCACGCUCCUGGUAGGGAGGCUGCUGGAAGGCGAAAUAGAUGAGCUGCCGGACCUCACGAACGCCGAGAAGAUAAUGACCGAUUUCAAGCUGGAUGAGGAUGCUUGUUCAAAGAUGCGGGAGAUCAUUGAGAAGCGCUCUGAAGACGAAGAGCGUGUGUUGACCUGCGUGCGGAAGCACCUGAAAAACUCGAGCAACGCUUCCUCAAUGUUAUGCAAGAUUGCCAGGCAGCUGAUUGACGGCCACGAUCUGCCAGACCCUCCGGAGCGGCCACAGAAGGGUAAAGGUGGCGGCAAGGACGGCAAAGAUGAUGGCGAGCGUGGAGAGCGUAGGGACCGUGACGGGGACCGGCAUCAUGACAGAGACCGUAAUGAUAGAGGUCACAGACGCGAUCGCAGCCGAAGUCGCAGCCGCGACCGGCGAGACCGCCGCGACAGCCGCGGUCGCUAG